UGGGCGUGCGCGGUGCUGGAGGGUUCCAGAAGGGCCCGGCGGGAGCGGCGCGGGCCGGCCCUGCGCAACCAUGGUGGACUAUAGCGUGUGGGACCAUAUCGAGGUGUCGGACGAUGAGGAUGAGACGCACCCCAACAUCGACACCGCCAGUCUCUUCCGAUGGCGGCACCAGGCCCGCAUGGAGCGCAUGGAGCAGUUCCAAAAGGAGAAGGAGGAGCUGGAUAAGAGCUGCCGGGAGUGCAAGCGCAAGCUGGCCGAGUGCCAGAGAAAGAUGAUGGAGCUACAGCUGGCAGCACCGGGUAGUGGGCAGGCCGAGCUGCAGCGGCUGCAGGCUGAGGCACAGCAGCUGCGCAGUGAGGAGAGGGGCUGGGAGAACAAGCUGGAGGAGCUGCGCAAGAAAGAGAAGAACAUGCCCUGGAAUGUGGACACUCUCAGCAAGGAUGGCUUCAGCAAGAGUGUCUUCAACAUCAAGACUGAGGAGAAGGAUGAGUCAGAGGAGCAGAAGGAGAAGAAGCACAAGACAUUCGUGCAGAAGUAUGAGAAGCAGAUCAAGCACUUUGGGAUGCUGCGGCGCUGGGAUGAUAGCCAGAAGUACCUGUCUGACAACCCGCACCUCGUGUGCGAAGAGACAGCCAACUACUUGGUUAUCUGGUGCAUCGACUUGGAGGUGGAGGAGAAACAUGCGCUGAUGGAGCAGGUGGCCCACCAGACCAUUGUCAUGCAGUUCAUCCUGGAAUUGGCCAAGAGCCUCAAGGUGGAUCCCAGGGCUUGCUUCAGGCAGUUCUUCACCAAGAUCAAGACAGCUGACCAGCAGUACAUGGAGGGCUUCAAUGAUGAGCUGGAAGCCUUCAAGGAGCGGGUACGAGGCCGUGCCAAGGUGCGCAUCGAGAAGGCCAUGAAAGAGUAUGAGGAGGAGGAGCGGCAGAAGCGGCUGGGCCCUGGUGGGCUCGACCCUGUGGAGGUCUACGAGUCACUACCUUCCGAGCUGCAGAAGUGUUUUGACGUAAAGGAUGUCCAGAUGCUUCAGGAUACCAUCAGCAAGAUGGACCCCACUGAAGCUAAGUACCACAUGCAGCGUUGCAUUGACUCUGGGCUGUGGGUGCCGAAUGCAAAGGCGACAGAGGGUGCGGAGAAAGGCGGCGCCGAAGCUGAGCCCGUCUACGAGGAGUUGGCGAAGGAGGGCGGCGAGGAGGAGAAGUGAGGAAAGGUGUGAAGUGGGAUGUCCUGCCCCACCCCCAUGGCUCCAACCCCCCUCGCACCAACCCCCCGCGACACGCGCUUGACAUGCGUAGACGCUGGUGAAUGUGUGAGCUGCUCACUUGCUGGUGCCCAGCAUCCCGCUCCCCCCACCAACCCCUGGGAGCCAGCGGGAACCCCUGCUCUAGGCACCGGGCAGUCCCUGGCGCUACAGGAGCCUGCGGGAGCUUAUCACCACCCCUCAGGCUGGGGGGUGCUGCUCCGGCGAUGCCCUUGGCACCAUAGUUACACAUGUGCUGUUGUCUCUCUUCUCGCAGUCACCGAUGAGGUUGUUACAUGAAUAAAGAGAUUGAAGUAGC